UAUGCAGCUGUCAAAGAAAAAUAGCGCGAAAACACAUUUCAAUGCAGCAAGUUACUACAAAGUUUUAAAGCUUUAUUUGAUUAAUUAAUUUAUUAAAAGAAAAAUCUUAAAAUAUGCCAUCAGAAGAUGAAAGUAUGGACGUGGAAGUAGUAGAUAUUACAAAUGAACAACCUUCAACUUCUAGUAAAUCAGAAAAAAACAAAUCUGGACAUUUACCUUGGAUUGAAAAAUACAGACCACAAAAGUUUGAAGAUAUCGUUGGAAAUGAGGAUACCGUUGCUCGUUUAGCUAUAUUUGCUAAAAAUGGAAAUACACCAAACAUAAUUAUUGCGGGCCCACCUGGUGUUGGAAAAACAACCACGAUAUUAUGUCUAGCGCGGAUUAUGUUAGGACCAUCGUUUAAGGAUGCCGUUUUAGAAUUAAAUGCUUCGAAUGAUCGUGGAAUAGAUGUAGUUCGUAAUAAAAUAAAAAUGUUUGCUCAACAAAAGGUCACAUUACCUAAAGGGCGACAUAAAAUUAUUAUUUUGGACGAAGCAGACAGUAUGACCGAAGGUGCCCAACAAGCUUUACGUCGUACAAUGGAAAUUUACAGUAACACAACUCGUUUUGCACUUGCCUGUAACAACAGUGAAAAAAUAAUUGAGCCAAUUCAAUCACGCUGUGCAACUUUAAGAUACUCUGUAUUAUCAGAUGCUCAAAUUUUGGCGAAAAUUAUAACAGUUUGUCAAAGUGAAAAUUUAAAAUAUACGGAUGAUGGCUUAGAAGCGAUUGUAUUUACUGCUCAAGGUGAUAUGAGACAAGCUUUGAAUAAUUUACAAUCAACGGCUAACGGAUUUGGCGAGAUUUCAAGUGAAAAUGUAUUUAAAGUUUGCGAUGAACCACAUCCGUUGCUAGUUAAAGAAAUGUUGAUGCAUUGUGUUAACGGGGAGAUACAAAAAGCUUACAAGAUUAUAGCACAUUUAUGGAAUCUUGGAUAUGCAUGCGAAGAUCUGAUUGCAAACAUAUUUCGAGUUUGCAAGAAUUUAGAUAUCAAUGAAAAUUUAAAAUUAGCUUUCAUAAAGGAAAUUGGUAUUACUCAUAUGCGGAUAGUAGACGGAUUAAGUUCAUUAUUACAAUUAUCAGGAUUAUUAGCACGGUUAUGUGAUGUGGGAGUGAAAUUAAAAACUGAAGAUAGUUUUAAAAUAAGAAAAUAA